AUGGGCAAUGCAGGGUUGCCCGAGACACGAACCUGCCAGGUGGAGACGCGCCAUGGCGAUGCUCGGCGCUCGGCAGGGAUGAAAGGCGGAAACCGCAAAUCCGACCUGCGCAAGACUGCAGAACCUGCUUUCCCGGCCCGGGCCUGGACGCGCCAGAUCGUAACACGCGAGCUGGGCGAUCAGGACAUUCUCCGACGCGAGUCACUUUCGAAGAAGACCCACUGCUGGUCCUAG